ACUACGCAUGUCAACCCGAGCGGCCAUUUUGAAAAGUAAAUCUUCUAAGUUAUCGUACUUUCUUUGAAACGAUUUAGGGACAGAUUUUCAACCAUGAGCUCUAUUGGAACUGGGUAUGACUUGUCAGCCUCACAGUUCUCCCCUGAUGGAAGAGUUUUUCAAGUGGAGUAUGCCGUCAAGGCGGUAGAGAAUAGUGGGACAAUUGUCGGCAUUCGAGGAAAGGAUGGUGUAGUGUUUGGUGUUGAGAAACUUGUUCUCUCUAAACUGUAUGAAUAUGGAGCAAACAAAAGAAUCAUACAUAUAGAUAAUCACAUUGGUAUGGCUGUAGCAGGGUUGAUAGCUGAUGCAAGACAGAUUGUAAGUGUUGCCAGAGAUGAAGCUGCAAAUUACAGAUCAACUUACGGAUCUCCUAUCCCCCUGAAAUACCUAAUCGACAGAGUGUCAGGCUACAUUCACGCUCAUACCUUGUACAGUGCUGUCAGACCAUUCGGUUGCAGUGUUCUACUGAGUUCACAUGGCCCUGAUGGACCUGAGCUUUUCAUGAUAGACCCUUCAGGAGUUUCAUGGGGAUAUCAUGGCUGUGCAAUAGGAAAGGCAAAACAAGCGGCGAAAACAGAAAUAGAAAAAUUAAAGGUGAGGUAUCAAAUCACUCAAGGGGGAGUUUACAGUAGAGGGGUUGGAUCUUGUUCAUGUUAGACCUGGCAAACAACCUUGUGGCAUUGCCAUUUCGGGUUCACAGUUAAAAAGUUUUUUUCCCUUGGAGUAUUUU